AUGCACGGCCUCGUCUACUACAUCGACGGCGCACCUCACACCGUCGACCUCGAGCGCGUGACCGCCAAAGCCACCCUCGUCGACCUCUCUGCCCGCGUCCAACUCACCCAAACCUACCACAACGACUCGACCUCGACCCUCUCGUGCUCUUACAUGUUCCCUGUGCCCGCUCGCUCGGCCGUUUGCGGGUUCGUGAUGGUCAAGCAGGACGGGACGAGGGUUAUUGGCGUUGUGCAGGAGAAGCAGGAGGCGCGAGUCACGUAUGACGACGCCGUCAAGGAGGACAAGUUGGCGAGCUUGACCGAGCAGGCGUCUCCCGACUCGUUCGUCUGCUCCGUCGGCAACGUUCUCCCGAAGGAGACGGUCAAGAUUGAGCUCACAUACGUCAUGGAGCUGACGGAGGGCGACACGAGCGACUCGAUCCGCUUCCACGUCCCCGCCAUCGUCGGCCAGCGGUACGGCCAGCAGCCGCUCUUCGGCGGAGCGCACGUCCCGUCGUCUGCGAAGACCGCCUUCGAGUUCUCGGCAGACAUCGAGGCGACGUCCGCAAUCACGAAAGUCGCGAGCCCCUCGCACCCCGUAUCGCUCGAACUUGGACCCGGCCCGUCGCUCCCGCACGCCAAAGACCUCUCAAUCGGCAACUACGCCCGCGUCACCUUCAGCACCUCCACAACACUCGAAAAGGACAUCGUCCUAACCAUCCACGCCUCGGGGCUCGACCAACCCCGCUGCGUCGCCGAACUCGACCCAACCGCCCAAUCCGCCGCCGUCUCACUCACCCUCGUCCCGCGCUUCAAGCUCCCCGAAGUCGAAGGACAGGAAUACAUCUUCCUUGUCGACCGCUCGGGAAGUAUGGGCGCUUGGAGCGAAGGAGAGGGAAGGAUCGGGAUGGCGAGGAAGGCGCUGGUUGUGCUGUUGCGCUCGCUGCCGUCGACGGGGACGAGCUUCAACAUUGCGUCGUUUGGGAGCUCCGUGGAGUCGCUCUGGCCUAGCAGUCAGCCGUACAACCAGUCCACGCUCGACACCGCUACAAAGCACGUCGACUCGCUCGAAGCCAAUCUCGGCGGUACCGAGACCGGCAAAGCGCUCGACUUUGUCUUCCAAUCGCGCACCACGUCGAAACCGACCUCCGUCUUCGUCCUCACCGACGGCGACGCCUGGGACCUCGACGGCGUGAUCAACAGCGUCCAGUCGGCCGUCGCUUCGGGCACGCCUGACAAGCCCGUCCGUUGCUUCGUCCUGGGCAUCGGGAACGACGCAUCCACAGCUAUGUGCGAGUCGAUCGCGAGACACGGAGGUGGGAUCGCGCAGUAUGUCGUUGACGGCGAGAGUUUCACGGGGAAGACGGCAAGGUUGUUGAAGGCUGCGAGGACGCCGCCGAUCGUCAAUGCUAGGCUGGACUUUGGCUUGAAGGAGGAGGAGAAGGAUCUGGCGGACGACUUUGAGUUGGUCGAGGCGGUUGCCCCGGCAUGCGAGGCGUCGCAGGACAAAGACAAGGCGCCGAUCAACCUCUUCGACUCAUCCGUCGACCCUCUCGCCGACGCCGACUCAACCGCAUCAAAGGCUCCUCCCGCCCCGCCUGUCAAGCUCCCUCCCCGACCUCGCAUCCAGCAAGCCCCGCGCGACCUCGCACCGCUCUACCCUGGCUCGCGCCUGCACGCCUACGCCAUCCUCAAGUCGGCGAAGGACCUCCCCGAGACGGUCUUCCUCCGUGGCGAGCUUGCGUCGGGACAGCAGCUCGAGUUGGCUGUUCCUGUCGUCCGCUCGCAGCUUACCACCUCGAGCGACUCACACCUCCCGCCUCCGAUCCACACUAUCGCCGCACGCAAGCUCAUCCAGGACCUUGAGGACGGCAAGCACGAUUUGACCGUCAAGGACGACCUCGACCUCACGAAGCGCACAGUCGAAGCCGCCGUCGUCCGGCUCGGCAAGACCUACUCGCUCGCCUCGUCGCAGACUAGCUUUGUCGCCGUCGACGAGUCGGAGACGGACAAGCCGCGCAAAGCGACGCAGUACCAGAUCAUCUACGAUUCGCCACCCUACGGUGGAGCAGUCGCGUUCGGCCACGGAGGAGGACCACCAGGCCCGCACUUGCGUCGCAGUAGGAUGGCAGCGCCGAUGUCGACCUUCGCAGCGAUCCCGGCUCCUCCUCCUGCGCCUGCGCCUGCGAGCGCCGCACCUAUCGUCUUCGCCCCUGCGCCGGCGCAGGCUCAAACGCGCUUCGGGCGUAUGAUGAAGGCCGUCAAGAGCGCUUCGCCGUUCGGGUCGUCCGCUCCUCCGCCGACAGACGCAAUGCAGUCCAUGUCGCUCGCACAUGCCGUGCCAGCUGCGCCCGUCAUGGUCGGCGGCGCGCCUCCCGUCCCUCCCGGCGGUCUCUUUAACCAGGACGCUCACUCGCCAGAGCAACCCGAGCCCACUGCCGCCCCGUCGGACCCGCUCGACGCUAUCGCUCGCCACCAGUCCUUCGACGGCUCGUUCGACCCUGCAGUACUCGCGCUCUGCGCGCCUUCCACUUCUCUCGACGAGCUGCUCGCGAAACUCCCGCCCGCCUCGAAGGACAAGGAGGGGAAGGACAAGCUCGUCGCGACGGCUGUCGUGCUUGCGUACUGGAAGCGGGAGAUGCGCGACAGGGAGGAAGAGUGGGAGGGGAUGGCGGAGAAGGCGAUGUCGUACUUGAGGAGCGAGGCGGGGGACGAGGCGGAGGGGAUUGUGGCUUUGUUCGCGUGA